AUGGCCGACGGGGGUAGCCUUCACAAUGUUCCUCUAGUACUAGAUAACGGGAGUGGUACGAUCCGCGCUGGAUUCGCUGGGACAGAUCUUCCAGCUGCAUACUUCCCUUCCUACGUCGGCCGACCGAAACAUGUUCGUGCGCUCGCCGGCGCCCUCGAGGGGGAUGUUUUUAUCGGCCCCAAAGCACAGGAAUUACGGGGUCUGCUCAAAAUCCGAUAUCCCCUCGAACACGGGAUCGUCACAGAUUGGGACGAUAUGGAACGGAUCUGGACAUAUGUCUAUGACCAAGAGCUGAAGACCCUGAGCGAAGAACACCCUGUCCUCCUGACCGAACCUCCCCUCAAUCCGAGACAAAAUCGAGACACGGCCGCGCAAAUCCUGUUUGAGCAAUUCAACGUCCCCGCCGUUUACAUGUCCAUCCAAGCCGUCCUCAGCCUUUAUGCCAGUGGUCGGACGACCGGUAUCGUGCUGGACAGUGGCGAUGGUGUCAGUCAUGCGGUGCCCGUCUAUGAGGGAUUCGCGAUCCCAAGCAGCAUACGGAGGAUCGACGUGGCAGGAAGAGACAUCACCGAACACAUGCAGCUUUUACUGAGAAAGAACGGACACGUGUUUCAUACCAGCGCCGAAAAGGAAAUAGUCAGGAUAAUGAAAGAGAAGACAGCAUACGUGGCACUGGAUCCGAGGAAAGAGGAGAAAGACUGGUCACAAGGGAUAUGGAAGAACGAGAAAAGAGACAUUGACUAUGUGCUGCCCGACGGUCAGAAGAUUAAGCUGGGGGCAGAACGAUUCCGAGCGCCGGAAAUUCUGUUCGAGCCCGAAUUGAUUGGAUUGGAGUACCAGGGCAUCCAUCAGAUGGUGGUUGAUGCGAUCAACCGGACAGACAUGGACCUGCGAAAAAACCUAUUUGGCAAUGUUGUCCUGAGUGGUGGUACAACACUGUGCAAAGGAUUUCCAGACCGACUCCUGUAUGAAAUGCAGAGAUUGGCCGUCAAGGACAUGCGCAUCAAGAUAUUCGCGCCCCCUGAGCGCAAAUACAGCACCUGGAUUGGCGGGAGCAUUCUUGCCGGGUUGAGCACAUUCCGGAAGAUGUGGGUCAGCAUUGACGACUGGCACGAGAACCCAGACAUCAUCCACACCAAGUUCACUUGA